AUGGUGUUUGAUAUUGAACCAUUAAAUAUCAAUUUACUAUUUACUUCAAAUAAAGCAGACGCUUUUUGUCUUCAGGCUGAAACUCUUAAUAGUCACGAUGUGGUCCCCUGUCCCCUGUCCCCACGUACACAUGUGGAAGACCAUCAAUCACUUGACUUUGAAAACCCGGUUACUACAAAGCCUUCAAUGGAUGCCAUAUUAAAACAAAAGAUAAAAAAAAGGAAAAUGAAAAUGGAAUUGUCCAUAAAGCUCGUCGUCAUGAGGGCGACAUUGUGA